AUCUAUCAUCUGUCGCCGUGACGUCCUAACGAGGUCACUCAAAACUGAAAAGAACUGGAGUUUAAAAAAUUAUUUUGGUGUGAAAUGCUUGCACACGCCUGUGCAUUUAUUUAGUCUCGUCUUUUACAGUAGAAAAGACAUGCUGAACAUUAGGAUAUAAGUCAAAACACUGAAAGUUGGCGACUAACAAAGAAGUAUUUUGGUUCUGAUCAGCGGGACAAACCUGCCUGGCGUAUCAGUAGAGGAGAAGCAACGGUAUAUUUGCAAGGGAAGUGGGAAAUACACCCAAGACGGAAAACAUCUGUGAUUCUGUGAGGACCCUGCCGGAUCGAAAGGUUAUUAAAAUGAUGAGACGGCGAGAAACGCUCCUUGUAUUUCUUUCCCUGCUUCGGGUGGCGGUGUUCGAGUGUCCAGAAGCGUGCAGCUGCACAGGGACCUCUGUGGACUGCAGCGGCCAGGAGCUGAAUGUCAGCACCAUUCCCAGGCGCUUUGGGAACACCAUCACCGAAAUCAGGCUGAGCAACAACAAACUCUCUGCCAUCCCCAACGGGCUCUUCGACACCAUGUAUCACCUGAGGUCUGUGGCUUUGGACAAUAACCCGUGGACAUGCGAUUGCAACAUUUUAUACCUGAGAUCUUGGCUUCUUAAACAAGAAGACCGAUCCCCGUAUAAGCACCUGUCGUGCUCCUCGCCCGCGGAGCUCCAGAGCAGGCGGAUACUGUAUCUAACCGAGGAUGAAGUGGUCGCUACGUGUGACGACUGGUACUGUCCCGUUGUCCUGAUCUGUCAGAUUGGACUGGUCGUCUUCAUCGCCAUCCAGGCUAUUCUUCUGAUAUUCGUUAUAAGGUUUUUGAGGAGAUUUGAGGCUCUUUCCGAAGAGGCCAUUCGGUCAUCAAAGUAAAUCCGUCUUCACUCGGACUACCAUCCACUAAAUAGCCAAUUGAAAAUCAUUUAUCCGAUCAGCACUCUUGACCGAACACCCGCGGUUUCCCUCAAUGAGUUCUUGUUAGUGCCGGAAAAAAAAAGCCCCUUGUUUUAAAUGCGCCGACGCUGGAAUUCUGCGUUGCUGUUCUUUAUACUUUAGACUUUAGAGAUUCAGCGCGGAAACAGGCCCUACCGCUCACGAGUCCGCACCGACUAACGACCACCCCCCGCACACUAGUUAUAUCCUACACACUAGAGGAACAAUUUACAAUUUUGCCCAAGCCAAUUAACCUGCAAACCUGCACGUCUUUGGCGUGUGGGAGAAAACCGUAGCACCCGGACAAACCCCACGCGGUCACAGGGGGAACGUACAGACAGCAUCGAUCUCUGGCGCAGCAACUAUCACGGUGCCAUUGUGCCGCCUUUCACCUCCUCCGAUCGCUUCAAAUUUUGUCAACUCCCUAAUCUCCUUCACUCCACAAUUGCAUCAUCCGUUUACUCCCCUGCAACAUAUUCUAUACAUUCUAUACCCAUAAUAUAAAUAUUUUAAACCCAUUACCAAUCUAUUGACUCUCCUGCGAUGAACACAUCCCCUAAAAUCUCCCGUGAAUUAAAAUGUAUUACUACAGUGCCACACCAUUGCCCAUUAGUCAUGUCUAUAGACGUUCUUAUAUACGUUUCCUCUUUCGUUGUGAUGUAUUGGGUUUCCUACUUUAAUACCAGCAGCAAACAUUGUCUUCUCUCAUCCAAACAAUUCGCUUCUGUGACGAAUAGUUAUUUAAUGCCCCUGUCCCACUUAGGAAACCUGAACAGAAACCUCUGGAUACCUUGCGCCCCACCCAAGGUUUCCGUGCGGUUCCCGGAGGUUUUUGUCAGUCUCCCUACCUGCUUCCACUAGCUGCAACCUCCGGCAACCACCUGCAACCUCCGUUAACUGCACGGAAACCAUGGGUGGGGCGCAAAGUCUCCAGAGGUUUCCGUUCAGGUUUCCUAAGUGUGACAGGGGCAUAACACGGUUCAAAUACAGACUAUUAAGAAAUAGCAUGAGUCUCAUCCUGCUUCUAUUGCCCACUAUCUUGAACCUUGACUCUCUUCUCGGUUGUUCGUAUGUUAAGGCUCGCUGAGAAUUAUGUGUGUCAUCCACGAGUAAAUAAUAGGGAACGACCAUAACUUCAUCCUCUAACUUGUUGGAUCAGGUACCCAAAGAUACCUGAACAACUUUAUGCAGUCCCACUGACAUGGCCCUGAGACAUCGCUGUAACCGAUUGCUUUUUUUUUUACACCACAACAAAAGUGAAACCUGGGAGGGAAAAUAAUUCCUAAUCUAUUCCCAUUGAAGGUUGGAAGUUAAAGUCAAAAGCACCCCAAUCUUCGACACCCAAUACAACAAGCAGACACAAGAAGCAUUCCGCUCAAGCAUUUACUUUCCUCAUUAUACAUUGUAUUUUAUUGUAUUGUAUUCAAAUUUAUUGACAUAUCUUCACCCGAGAGUAAAACUAUCAGUUGGCCAGUUCUUGCAGGCUGACAUUGCAGGGUUUGAUUUGCUGUAAGCAAUCCUGACAUCGCGAUAUGCUAUUUGAGUUACAGACAUCCAAUGUAGAAAAAUUGUACACGAUUUUGUUCAAGCAGACAUGUUAAAGUAAUAUUAAAUAAAAUAUUAAAUAUUUAAAUAUUAAUUAAAUAUUAAUAUUAAAUUAAACACUCUUCAAUCUGUGGAAACUACAAAUCAACAGAUCUGUACAUGUUACAACAAACCGAUGGCGUUUUUGUAUGAUUUGGAUUUGGAUUAAAUG